ACAAAAAAAAUAAAGAAAAAGAUAGCCUUGGACCCAUCGAACCAGAAUAAAUCUGAACCGUCGAGAAUACCAUCCAACGGUCACAACCAAUCACCACUAAAGAAAGAUCUUUUUUUUUUUUUUUGGUUUCUUGGUUCGAUCAUAAACCCUAGCCACCUCUGUUCCCUCUCUUCUUGUCAAAACGAAAAGUUCGUGAAACCAUCUUCACCGCCGAUCCUUCAUCUUCUUCUUCUUCUUCACCAUGUCUACUUGUUUCUAGAAAGGAAAAAAGAUUUAUACCCAUGAACAGAUCUCGAUCCUCCCAAUCGAAUCUCUCAAUUUUUCUUCGAUCUCCAGAGAUCUCGGCGAUUUUCUUUCUUCUUUUUCCUUUUUGGGUAUUACUAAUUUGAUCUCUGAUCGAAUCGGUUGAAAUCGAAACUAUCUACCUCUUUCCCCUUCAAUAGCCGUUUCAAUUUCUUCAAUUUUCCUUGAAAAGAAAGUGAUUUCUUUUAUAAAAUCUGGUCAGAAUCGGGUUGGUUCUGUAAGAAAUUCGUGUUUUUUACAGAGAUUAGUGGGUAUAGAUCGAAGAAGAGGCCAAUUUCUGAGUAAGUCAAGCCAGUUGUGGCAUCUCCAGUUGAGUAAAAACGGAGUCGUAUGAGCAAGGCAUAGAUGCCGUCGGUGGGAAUGAGACGAACCACUAGGGUUUUCGGGGUGGUUAAAGCCGCAGACGGAGCCCGUGUCCUCCGUUCAGGUCGUCGGAUCUGGCCUAACGUUGGCGAACCAAAGGUACGGCGAGCUCAUGACGUGGUGGAUCGAGAUUGUGAUAGCGUUUUGAAGAAUCAGAACAAAACCAAAGGGAAUAAAGUCUCCGGAAGUAACAGCCAGCCUUGUAGCCCGAGACAAGUUUCUAGUGAGAAAGAAGACAAAGUAGAUGACUUUCCGGUCAGAAAACGGAGGAAAGUGAGAAAUGAAGGUGUAGGAGAUGAAAAGACUGUGGAUAAGAUGUUUGGGAUUGUAUAUAGUAGGAAAAGGAAGAGACUUUCUGAACCAUCAAGUGAUAGAUCAGAAGUGCCACUACGAAGCCUCAAGUUUUAUCGCAGGCGAAGAAGACUCUCACAACGGGUUUCUUCAGUGCUUACUCUUACUGUAGAUUGGUCAUGCGAGGAUUGCUGGUUAUUAAGUGUUUUCGGUUUGGCAAUGAGAUAUACGAGGAGGGAAGAACUGCGGCUGUCUUCUCUUGCUGAUUUCUUCUUGUCUCAACCUAUCAACCAAGUGUUUGCAGACCAUGGCGUGCGAUUCCUUUUGAAGCCUCCCCUUAGCUCAAGGGGUGUCUGCAAGUUCUUUGGGGCCAUGAAUUGUCUACCUCUCUUUUCAGCAGAUUUUGCUGUCAUUCCUCAAUGGUUCAUGGAUAUGCAAUUCACUCUAUUUCGAAGAGUGGCACCACGCUCUUUCUUUUUUGUAGAAAAAUCUCUGUAUUUGCUAAACAAUCCAAUUGAAGAAUCUGAUUCGGAGCCUGAAUUAGCUUUACCUGAACCUUGUACUCCGAGGAAUGGAGGUGUAGUUGGGUUACAUCCAUCAGUGAGAGCCUCGAAGUUAACGGGAGGAAAUGCUCAAUAUAGAGGCAAUUUAGGUUCUCACAGUUUCCAAAAGAGGAGAAGCUCUUUGAGAAGGAGGAGAGCAAGAAAUCUUUCUCACAAUGCACACAAGUUGAACAAUGGAACACCGGUUUUUGAUAUAUCAGGAAGUAGGAAAAAUAGGACAGCAGCAGUAUCGUCGAGAAAGCUUAGAAGCUCGGUGCUAAGUAACUCAUCUCCGGUUUCAAAUGGGAUUAGUAUCAUUCCAUUGACGAAGACAAAAGAGGAACUUGAUUCUUUAUGUUGUUCUGCGAAUAUAUUGAUGAUACAUUCAGACAGAUGCACCAGAGAAGAAGGUUUUGCUGUCAUGUUGGAGGCGUCGUCUUCAAAGGAGUGGUUCCUUGUUAUUAAGAAAGAUGGGGCAAUCAGAUACAGCCAUAGGGCACAAAGGACUAUGAGACCUUGUUCUUGCAACCGGAUUACACAUGCCACAGUAUGGAUGGGAGGUGAUAAUUGGAAGCUUGAGUUUUGUGACAGACAAGAUUGGCUUGGUUUUAAAGAUAUAUACAAAGAAUGCUAUGAACGGAAUGUAUUGGAACAGAGUGUGAAAGUCAUUCCUAUUCCUGGGGUCAGAGAAGUGUGUGGAUAUGCAGAGUAUAUCGAUAAUUUUCCCUCCUUUUCUAGGCCAGUUUCAUAUAUAUCUGUGAACGAAGAUGAGGUUUCAAGGGCCAUGGCUCGAGGUAUAGCUCUUUAUGACAUGGAUUCUGAAGAUGAAGAGUGGCUCGAAAGGCAGAACCGGAAAAUGCUCAGUGAAGAGGAUGACCAAUUUCUACAACUUCAGCGGGAAGCUUUUGAGUUGAUGAUUGACGGGUUUGAAAAGUAUCAUUUCCAUAGCCCUGCCGAUGAUCUCUUAGAUGAAAAAGCAGCCACUAUAGCUAGUCUUUCAUAUCUGGGUAGGCAAGAGGUGGUUGAAGCAGUACACGAUUACUGGUUGAAAAAAAGGAAGCAGAGAAAAGCACCACUCCUCAGAAUUUUCCAGGGUCAUCAAGUGAAGAAAACGCCGCUACUUUCCAAACCUGUGUUUCGUAAAAGAAGAUCCUUCAAAAGACAGGGAAGUCAACUCCAUGGAAAAGCCAAACAGAUAAGCCCUUGGAUCGUGACUGUAAAAGCGACUGAACCAGAGGAACAAAACGAUUAUCUCAGAAUGGAAGAAGCCAAAGUUUUUGCUGAUAGAACCAUGGAAACUGCCAUAGCCAAAAGAAGACGAGCACAAGUUCUUGCAGAAAACGCAGAUUUGGCUGUUUACAAAGCGAUGGUGGCUCUCAGGAUUGCAGAAGCCAUGAAAGAAGCUGAAUCGAGGGAGGUGGACACAACCACUGUUGCACUGAAAUGGUAACGAUGGAAAAUGUUACUGGAUUCAAACGAAAGUUGGGAUCUUUUUGGCCAUUUUUCAAAGAGGAUUUGAAAGAGGUAUAGUCUCUGUAGCUUUGGGUUUGAUAUGUAUAGUUUCUACGCUGAUAUUGUAAAUUGAUUUAGAAUUUUUCCUUUUGUUAGGGUUUUUUGUUUUUUUUGUUCAUACUACCGUAAGAUGAUGAUGAUGCUCCAUCCU